AUGGCGGCAUGGGGCUGGCCGCGCUGCUCGAACAACGGUUACUGGUCCUGCAGCUGUGGCGUGGCGGACAACUACGUUGCGCGCAAGAAGUGUCGGGGGUGUGGGGCCCAGGCACGUAAAGGAUCGGCAUGCAAGGACGACAAAGGACCGACGUACAAGGACGUGCUGUUGGGCCCGUCGAAGCGAGAGGCUGCGCUCCAGAAGCAGGUGGACACCAUGCGGGCGCAGCUUCAGGACCUCAAGAAGCAACAGCACGCCACCCACGAGGAUGAAGACGACGAGAAGCCAGUGGACCUUGACAAGCUCUUCAGGUGGGCGCAGUCGUGCAGAUCCGAGUGGGGAGACCAGUCCACCGAGUACAUGCAGGCGCAUGAGCGCUACAUGCGGGCCAAGGACGCCAAGCAGAGCACGAAGCCGCACUCGGCCCAGCUCACCAAGGCACGGGUCGCCAGGGAGAAGCUCGAGAAGGAGGAGGCGGCCAUCCAUGGCGAGGUCAAGCGGCACCAGAAGGCGAUGCAGGAUGCGCAGGAGAAGCUCGCCAAGAAAAGGGAGCAGCUCGAGGUCGCAAAGGCCAAGGAGUCGGAGCUCAAGGUGCAGGACGCCUCCAUCAAGGGUAAAGGCUUCCUCACGGCGAUGCAGAAGCAGUACGAAUGGGCCGUCGAAGGAAGCGGCAUCAGCAAAGAGGAGCACGAGCACGUGUUCGCAGCACUCGCCAGGGUGCUGGACAACGUCAGGGAGGAGCCCAAGGAAGACAAGGACGGCAUGGACACUGAAGAGGCUGGAAUGGACAAGCAGGACGCGAGCAGGGACCUCAGCUGUCGCCAGAAGAACAAGAGUGGCUACACGCAGGUGGGGUUCCUGAGGAUGCCAGCGAAGCACAGCGAAAGAGGUGGCUCGAGGUGUGCGCCAGCCUUGCGGAGCACAAUAAGCGGGCAAAGCACUCCUAGCAGGCAUCGCCAGAACAAGUUCGAGAGCAUCACCCUGUGGACGUUUAACGGCUCGGGGUGGGGUACCCUCAAAGAGAGGAUCGAGAACGCAGAAGGGGGCCUGCUGCAGUGCUACACAGUGCAAGAGCAUCGCCUCACGGGCGACAAGAUCGCGGUCGUGUCGCAGAGCAUGAAGGCGAAGGGGUACCAGUUCGGCGGGGUCGAAGCGAACCCGACGAUAGGCCCAGGUGGAGAAGCAGGCACCUCGGCGGGCGCGGCGGUCGCGGUCCCCAGGUGCAUCGGCAUGACGUACAUGUUCGGCAAGGAGAAGUGGGACUUGUCACCGCGGAACAGCCCAGGGAGGGCUGCAGCGGCAUGGCUAUCGGUCGGUAAGGGAAUCAUCUACGCGACGGUCUACCUGUGGACGGCAGAGGGGAUGUCGUACAGGAACACGGAGAUCAUCAACAAGGUGAUAUGCCAAGUGGAAGCACUCGGCGUGCCGUGGAUAAUCGGGGGCGAUUUCCAAGUGGCGCCUGAGAAGAUGACGGAGGUGGAGAGCGUCAAGAUGGCCAAGGCGCGGGUAGUCGCGUCAGGGGCCAGCUGUGGAACGUGCAGACACGCGUACGGCGUGAGCGAGAUCGACUAUUUCAUCGUGGCGGACAGCCUCGUCAGCCAGGUGAUGCAUGUCAGAGUGCAGGAGGAGUGGCCGUCGGCCCCCCACAAGCCAGUGGGGUUAACACUCAGGCUCAAGGCGCAGGAGCGAAUGGUCAGGGCAUUGGAGAAGCCAAAGAAGCUGCCAGAGCUGGGCAUCGGAUGCAUCCCAGCGCCGCCGCAGCAUCGAGAGAUCGCGCGCUUCAGGUCGCAGGAGGUGGCCAACCAGGAGUGGAGGCAGUACAUGCAGACUUUGGAGCAGGAGGCCUUCGCGGCACGAGGACUCGAAUGGGCACCCGACCACCCUGCAGCAGGGCGAGCCGAGGAGCCAACAUGGGAGAUCAAACCGCUAAGUUUCGGUGGCGCCAACGCGCCGCCAGCCGCCAGGGAAGCAGUUUGGUGGAGGUGGCUCGCGAGAACGCUACAGAGCUUGCAAGGGGCAUACACGAGGCUCAAGACGGCGAGAAAUGGCGACAUUCAGAGGCGCCGACAGAAGGAGGCAAUUGCGCAGGAGCACCAGUUCAUCAUCACGCAUCGGAGGACCAAGCACCUCAACGCAAAGGAGCAGGGGAGGUGGCAGGCCAGGUGCGGGCUGCUGGCUGCCGGGCUACUCCGAGGAGCGCAUCAGGAAGCAAAGUUGCAGCAAUGGAUGCAGGAGAGCCAGGGCAAGAUGAAGGAGCACGACCAAAAGCUACUCAAGGAAAGGCGAGCACGCUGGGCAGACAGGUUGCAGGAGGCGGCAGCAGGAGCAGGGGGUGGUCUACACAAGUUGAGCAAGGCUGCAGCAGUAUGGAAACCGCGUAGGGCAGGCUCCAUGGAGGACUCGGCGGAUCCCAUCGAGGCAGCCGAGUACAUCCUCAACGAGUGGAAAGUGGUCUGGAGGGUCGGCGAGCAGAUCCAAAAAGUGGAGCGGCCGUGGGAGCGCGAAGAGCGCGACAAGCUCGAGCCCUUCACAGACCAGGACGUCGACAAGCUUAAGGAGGUAGCGCGCACCUUCAGGAAAAAGACGGGGGUCGGAGUCGACAGGUGGCACCCCUCUUUGCUGCAGGGUGCGUCGGACGAGGCUUACGUCAAGCUGUUGGACUUCUACAUGGAGGUGGAGCGGACGCUGCGCUGGCCCAUCCACAUGGGCACUGUGCUAUUCUUCAUGAUCCCGAAGACCUACACCACGGACAGGGCUAUCGGGCUUCUGCCCACCGCCAUCAGGGCGUGGGAGAUCAUGCGAGAGCCGUACAUGGUCGAGUGGGCCAAGAAGAACUAUCGGAGCUGGGGUUGCACGAGCUACGGUAAGGCGGCUGAGGACGCGGCUUGGGAGGUGUUGCUCAGCCACGAGAUGGACGAUGUCGAGGAGCAGAGCGAGGAGACGCAGGCGACGGUCACGGCCGUUUUGGACUUGGUAAAGGCUUUUGAGAAGGUUAGUUUGCACCAGCUCAAGUUCAACACAGGGGUGCUGGCGGUGGUAUGCUCAUACUUCGCCAUGACCAGGCGCCUCAUCACAGAGACGGUCACCACCAUCAUCGCGGGUAGCAAGUUCUCGGUGUGUUUCCUGAAGAUGGUCAUACAAUCCACGGUGGAUGGCCUGGUGGUCGAAAGACCGAGGGCGCGCUGGAGGAUGUAUGUGGACGACCUGUGCGCACGGCUGCGACAGCAGCAUAGGCACAUAGUCACGGAGUUCGGAGAGACGAUUGACAGUUGCUUCCGAGGCUUCGAGGAGCUAGGCCUGAAGUUCUCCGUGGGCAGCAAGGGCAAAGGCGCAGUGAUGGCAAGCACCAAGUGGGCGCGAAGGGCCGUGACAGGGCCGAUGCAGGAGCGAGGUUUGCCAGUGGUGAAGGCAUGUCCAUACUUGGGGGUCGACAUCGUCACGCACGGCACGGCGGCGAAGACCAAGAGCGGCAAAAGGCACGCUGUCAUGAAGGUCAGGAGUCGCAGGUUGCUCGCUCUAAAGGGCGGGCGAAAAAUGACGAAGGGUGUCGGCUUGGUGUACAAGUGUGGCCUGAAGCGCUCGGUUAUGCAUGGGUGCAAGUGCUUGGGCAUGCCAGACCAGAUUCGACAGCUACGGCGAGAGGCAGGGAGAUUACUACCAGGGGGACGAGGAGCUCGCAGCCUCACCUUGCAGCUGGCAGUGGCGCAGGAGGAGCCUACAUACGAGGUCACAGAGUCGCCCAUAGUGAGGUGGGCGCGGGCAGUAUGGCAUGGCGUACACGACGAGGACGGAGGAGGUCAAUGGGACAACAUAGCCACCAUGCUGCAGCAGGCAUGGAGGCGGCAGCAGCAGGAGGUCGGCAUGAAGCCUGAUUGGGCCCGAGUGCGAGGUCCAGCAGGGGCAGUCACCAUGUCAAUAAGGAGGGCUACGUGGACAUGGCCUGCGUGGCACACUUUCGUCUCAAAGGAAGGUUUCGUGUUGAACAUGCAGGAGGUGUGCCCCAUGGACAUCGCGGCGAUGGUGCGCAAAGACGUGCAGGCAACCCUCUGGGAGGAAUGGACGCAGGCGGAGGAGUUCAAGAGCCUGAGCCCAAUGCCGUUGUUGGCGCCAGCAGUUGCGCAGCUACGUGCACGUGAUGUCCCGAAGCAUGCGAAGAAUGCGGCGAAGAAGGUCUUCGUCGGAGGUGCGUGGGCGAUGGAGAAGCUGUGCAAGUGCAACAUCGUACCCACGGACAUUUGCUUGGCCUGUGGAGAGGCGGUGGGCACCGAGCAUCAUCGGUACUACAAGUGCCAUGCGCUCAGGAGCCAGAGGUUGCAGGCGCAGGCAGACUGGCAGCACGUGGCGGAGCAGCAGGACACCAACAUGCUGUGGACGCGCGGGCUGGUAAGGUCGCCAGAGGCGGACUGGAAGUUCGUGGGAGUCGAGGAGGACCAGUACUACGGACAAGUGGUCGACGGUGAGGAGGACUAUUUCACAGGCGACAUCGUUUGCGACGGCUCGAAGCUCGGAUACAGCGACUGGGCGCAGACGGGCUGGGCAGCGAUGUCCCUCAAUGACAACGGCACCGCGAAGAUGCAGAUGUGGGGUCCGCUGCCGUGCUCGCUACCGAUCCACAGGAGGGUUAAGAGAGCCGAGAUGCGGGCCUUCCUCAAGGUGCUGGAACGGAUGCUGCCGCCAGGACACGUCUACACGGACCACAAAGGCAUCGUGGAGGGCUUGCAGAGAGGAGAGCGGUGGUGCACGAGCUGGAAGCGCCCACACGCAGACCUGUGGCGAAGGAUCUGGCAUAAGGUGAAGGGCAUGGACCUGGACAUUCAUUGCGUGAAGCACGUAAAGGCCCACAGGUCCAAGAGCAGGAUCGGGCAACUCGAGGGUGAGGGCCUGAAGAUUGCGAAGGGCAACAGCGAGGUGGACCUGCUGGCAAAGGUGGGCGCGGGGAUGGACGCACACUACGGCAAGCACCACAAGCGCUGGAGGACCUUGCAGGGCGAGUACAAAGGUGUGCCGAGGCGAAGGGUGCCGAAGCCGAUGCUGACCCUGACCGAGCACGACGUUGUGGAGAAGGGAGGCUGGCAGGUGUGCACGAGGUGUGGCUUUCGCGCGGCGUCCAAGCGGAUGCGCCUGAAGAUGCAACAGGCACGCGCAGCGCGGGGACUGGCAGCUCGCUGGAGGCCAGCGUAG